AUGCUGCAAUAUUAUGAACAAGAAGAUGAACAAAAGGAUUUAUCAACAACAAUAGCUGCAAUAUAUCAAUCAGAGAUCGACAACUAUUUAAAAUUUGGAAUAGAUAAAUUAAACGAAUCAUGCAGCUCAAACUCGUCUUCUUCAGCUGAUCAAGAGUAUAAUUCAUUACAUUUUUGGAAGCAUCAUUAUACAUUAUAUUCACCUUUAGCAAAAAUUGCCAAACGUGUUUUUGCAGUACCAGCAACUAGUGCUGCUGUUGAACGUGAAUUUUCUUUGACAGAAAAUAUUGUAACAAAAAAUGUUCAAGAUUAUCUCCUGAAACAGUGA